GCUGGAUCAGACGUGACGGUGCUAAACGGAGACGUUCGCUGCAUGUUUGCUGAUCUAUGAUGCUCAAGACAAUGAAGAUACUCUAUGGAUGCCUGCUUCUUCUAACAGGUGCCUGCUUUUGGUCAUGUCAAGUCACAGCGAGCAGCUAUGCAGGUAGCACCUCAAAUCCAUCUAACGUGGCCUUGGGAGGAUAUGCAACACAAUCAGUAUCGUCAUAUACUGAGCACUAUGCAAGUCGGUCUAUUGAUAGGAACAAGGAUACAAACUUUCACAAUUAUUCUUGUUCAACUACUGAUUAUGUUGAUUCCCCUUGGUGGAGGGUGGAUCUGUUGGGUUUGUACGAGAUUAGCAGUGUAGUCAUUACUAACAGAGGUGACUGCUGUUCAGAAAGGAUCAUCGGGGCUGAGAUCCGCAUUGGAAAUGCCUUAGACAACAACGGCAACAAUAACCCCAGAUGUGCCGUCAUCUCCAGCAUGCCUGCUAAUUUGACCAUUACAAAUGCAUGCACGAUGAUAGGUCGUUACGUGAAUGUGGUCAUUCCUGAAACAAACAGGAUUCUCACUCUCUGUGAAGUGGAAGUCUAUGGAAUUGCAGUGCUCAUUAAAAAGGAAAAUCUGAGAAUAAAGUUCCACACCACUGAGAAUAUGACAGAUUCUACAGCGGGGGACAAAGUUCUUCAGCAGGUUUCCAUGUUUGAUGAGGAGGAGACUUUAGUGAGAGCUAACAGUGACAUUACACAGUGA